UCCCGUUCCCUUGUUCAUCUUGUUCCAUCAUGUCUUACACAUAUCUCGCGACAAUUUAGAGGCAUGUUCUAAGUGGUAUCCGGCCUCCACGCACAGUUGACUCGCACCGCGCCUGUGCUUCAGCCGAACUCAUUACGCAUCUCUCAUCAACUCUGAUAUUUUCUUGAAAAGAGUUUCCCAUAUCUAAAGCUGUCAAGAUGUUUGACCCAUCAGCAGCUAUCAUAUCCCUAAUCGAGCGUUUCAUGACAGUGACAGUCCCCAAAAGCAAUGAGCCCAGACCCAUACCCACCAUCCCAGAAUUCAUCUACAAGACAGCCAUCUGCUUCAUCGGGGCGUGGCUCGCGCAGUUCAUUCUGGGGGGCCUCUUCAAUUCGGCGAACCAUCCACUUGUGGAUUUUCCGGGUCCGAAAAGGGCUGCGUUCACCGAGUGGUACCGGACGUAUUUGGAAUUGUUUUGCGGGAGAUCUUGGGUCCAUGUGCUGGAGGAGUGGCACCAGAAAUAUGGGAAAAUUGUCCGCGUUGGCCCAAAUGAGCUUUCCUUCUCUGAUCCAGCAGCCUAUCAUGAGAUCUAUAAUAGCAGUAACUUCUGGGACAAGGAAGCUUCAGUCUAUCAAAGUUUCGGUCAGGACCAUGCAACGUUUGGCUUCCUGAAAUAUGCAGAUGCCAAGAAACGAAAGGAUAUCAUGAGUCCGCUUCUCUCUCGUAAAGCGAUCUCAGACCUUCAGGAGCUCGUGCAAAGUAAUGUUGACCGCCUUUGUGAAGGGCUGACGAACAACAACGCGGCUGGGCGGUCCUCGGACUUGUUUUUUGGUCUUCGGUGCUUUGCAGUUGAUACCACCACUUCAGUCUGCUUUGCAAUAUCUGUGGAUGCUCUAGACGAGCCCGAGUUUAAAGCCCCAAUCGUAGAAGCAAUGGAAAAGGCUCCUGCACACCUGGUCCUGUUCAAACACUUCCCCUGGCUUCAAUCAAUUUUUAUUAGAAUGCCACGGUGGCUUACUGUUAUGGUUGCUCCACAGACUUCUGGAAUAGCUCGAGUUAUGGAUAUACUAAGGACGCAGAUUAAAGAUGCCAUGGCCAACCCAUAUAGCUUGAAGGACUCGUCUCGUCACAUCGUGUAUCAUGCACUGCUUAGUGUGGAAGCGAACGAGGGGGCAAAAUCCGCUGAUGAAAAGAGCUUGCUUCAGGAAGCCCAGUCAUUGCUACUUUGCGGUAGUGAUGCAGUUUCAAAUCAGAUCAUGCUUGGUACUUGGCACUUGCUCGAGAGUCCAGCCCUUGUUCGGCGGCUCAACAAGGAAUUAUUGAAAGUUUGGCCAGUUCUCGAUAUAGUUCCGAGCUUUGCAGAGUUAGAGAAGCUUCCGCUUUUGACAGCAGUAGUCAAAGAAACGCUUCGCAUUGGCCCAGGUGGCAUCCCUGGAGUGUUACCUCGUGUUGUUCCAGAGAAAGGAGCGACAAUAAAUGGAUCUUUUAUUCCCCAAGAAACUAUUGUGGGAAUGAGUGGAUAUUUCGUACACCAUGCCGAAUCCAUCUUCAAGGAUCCCAAGACAUUUGAUCCAGACCGCUGGCUAGGAGAAGACUCGGAAUCUCUUGACAAGUGGUUGGUAUCUUUCUCGAAAGGACCUCGCUCUUGUUUGGGAAUAAAUCUUGCAUAUUGUGAGCUGUACCUAGUUCUCGCAGCUCUGUUCCGGCGAUUUGAUAUUGAGCUUGAUAGCGCAAGGUAAGACUACCUAACUUUCUCUUUACAAAUGAGAACACUAAGAGUAAAUGAUCGCUCUAAAUCACCGCUAACAAGGCACAGCGGAAGAUUGAAAGACUUGGAGUGGAGAGACCACUUCGUAACGCGUUUUUCGGGGCCGCACCUGCGCGCUUUCUGCAGACCCGUCUCCAAGUAGCUGGACAAGAUUUUCCUGUUCGAAAGCGAAAUCUACACUGCAUACCAGAGCAAUUAAUCAGAUGGGCUCUGUCCCG